AUUCAAGCUCAUUUAUUUUGUUCCACCAGUACGCUUCAUUUUCGGAUCGCGACUAAACAGUUUGAUUAUUGUGUAAAGAAAAGAAUAUAGUUUUCUUUGUAGUUAUAGUGCGAUUUUUUGCUACGUUGAUUUAUAAUGAAAUAUCUAGUAUUAGGUCGACACCUACCCGAUUAUUUUAUGGAAGUUCAAUAAUAUGAAGAUCCUGUGAUGAUACAACAGUAAUUACAUAAAAAUGGAAUUAGGAAAUUCAAGUAUUCUGCAUAUGGGAGACAUCGUUUCCCUAUAUGCAGAGGGAAAUGUUUGCGGAUUUCUAAGCACUUUGGGGUUAGUAGAUGAUAGGUGUGUGGUAUGCCCUGAAUCAGGAAAUUUAACAUAUCCACCAAAGAAGUUCAGGGAUUGUUUGUUCAAAAUAUGUCCCAUGAACAGGUACUCAGCCCAGAAGCAAUUCUGGAAAGCAGCCAAACAGAGUAUGAGCUCUAAUACAGACACAAGUCUUUUGAAAAGGUUACAUCAUGCUGCUGAAAUCGAAAAAAAGCAAAAUGAAUCUGAAAACAAAAAAUUAUUGGGUACAAAAGUUCAGUAUGGAAAUGUGGUUCAGUUACUUCACCUAAAGUCAAAUAAGUACUUAACAGUCAAUAAGCGACUGCCUGCAUUACUAGAGAAAAAUGCAAUGAGAGUGUACUUAGAUAGCAAUGGAAACGAAGGAUCUUGGUUUUAUAUUUUGCCAUUUUAUAAACUCCGAGCCACAGGUGAUAAUAUUGUUCUUGGUGAUAAAGUAAUUUUAAAUCCCUUAAGUCCUGGCCAACAACUUCAUGUUUCGAACCAUAAAUUACCAGACAAUCCUAGUUGUAAAGAAGUUAAUAUUGUUAAUGGAAAUACAUCUUGGAAAGUUACACUUUUCUUGGAACAUAAAGAAAAUUUGGAAGAUAUCUUGAAAGGAGGAGAUGUAGUGAGAUUGUUUCAUGCAGAACAGGAGAAAUUUCUCACUAUGGAUGAAUAUAAGAAACAGUAUAAUGUAUUUUUGAGAACUACCGGGCGUACUAGUGCUACAGCAGCUACUAGUAGUAAAGCUUUAUGGGAAGUUGAAGUAGUUCGACAUGAUCCAUGCCGAGGUGGAGCUGGUAAUUGGGACUCUUUAUUCAGGUUUAAACAUUUAGCAACAGGACAGUACUUAGCUGUAGAUGUAGAUAACGACCAUGUAGAAUCCGAAGAAGACAAAAAUAAAAGUGAAUCUGAACGCAAUGACAAUCGUCGAUAUCAUCUUGUACCACUGGGCUGCGUUUAUGACAUAGCCACUUUAUUCGAAUUAGAUCCCACAAGUUUAACAAGAGCAGAUUCUUUGGUACCACAAUCAAGCUAUGUGAGGUUACAUCAUAUGAUAACAAAUAGUUGGGUACAUUCAACUUCUGAAUCAAUAGAUAAGGAUGAAGAAAAACCAGUUAUGUCAAAAGUUGGAUGUGCUGUAACGAAGGAAGAUAAGGAAGCAUUUGCUCUUGUUGCAGUUUCUCCAGUCGAAGUUAGAGAUUUAGAUUUUGCUAAUGAUGCUUGUAAGCUACUGACAUCUUUAUCAGUUACAUUAGAACAAGGAACUAUAUCUCAGAAUGAAAGAAGAUCUUUAACAACACUUCUCCAUGAUAUUGUGUACUUCAUUGCUGAACUAGAAAACGAACAGAAUAAAGCAGAAGCCUUAGAAUUAAUAAUAACAAAUCCAAAUCGGGACCGCCAAAAACUUUUAAGAGAGCAAUCUAUUCUAAAACAACUGUUUAAAAUAUUACAGGAUCCAUUUGUGGAUAAAGGUGGUGAAGGACCUUUUCUGAAAAUAGAAGAGUUGAAUGAUCCUAAACAUGCCCCUUACAAACACAUAUUUAGACUUUGUUACAGAAUUUUAAGGUUAAGUCAGCAAGAUUACAGAAAAAAUCAAGAAUAUAUAGCCAAACAUUUUGGAUUUAUGCAAAAGCAAAUAGGAUACGAUAUUUUGGCGGAAGAUACAAUAACUGCUCUACUUCACAAUAACAGGAAGUUAUUAGAAAAGCAUAUAACUCCAGCGGAAAUAGAAACUUUUGUAGGAUUAGUUAGGAAGAAUAUGAAAAAUUGGGAAUCUCGAUUUUUAGAUUACUUGUCAGAUCUGUGUAUUUCUAAUAAAAAAGCAAUACCAGUAACACAAGAACUUAUUUGUAAAAGUGUUCUUAGCCAAAAAAAUUCCGAUAUAUUGAUUGAAACUGAAAUGAUAAACACUCAAGUUGAAGUACAAGAAGUCAAUGAAGAUGGUUCAAUAGAUCGAGAAGAUGAAUCUGUCAUUACAGAUGUCGACGAAAUACAAUUAUCGUUUGGCACUCCAAAGAAAACUGUUUUCCUCACAGAUCUCUGUAGAAAUGCUCGUCUAGGAAAUAAAGAAGAUCAAGCAAUUUUAGAUUAUUACCGUCACCAAUUAGAUCUAUUUUCGAAUAUGUGCUUAAAUCGUCAAUACUUGGCUCUGAAUAAUUUGUCUCCUAGACUAUCAAUCGAAUUAAUAUUGAAAUGUAUGUCAGAUGAAAACGUUAGUUUCGAUCUCAGGGCGUCGUUUUGCAGACUUAUGCAGAACUUGCAUGUCGAUAGGGACCCGCAGGAACUUGUUACUUCUGUAAAGUAUGCAAGACUUUGGUCAGAAAUUCCAUCUCAGAUGUCGAUCUCAGACUACGAUUCCAAUAAAACUCCGAAUGCUAAUAAAGAAGCCGUCCGAGAAAAUUUUUCUUCUACUAUUUCUUUUGUUGGAGAGUAUCUCUGUAAUGUAGUAGCUAAAAAAUGGUCUUUUGCUGAUCAGGAGCAAAAUAAGUUGACGUCGGAGGUCGUGAAAUUAGCUAAAGAACUAAUUUAUUUUGGCUUUUAUAGUUUCUCAGAUUUGCUUAAAUUAACAAAAACACUACUCAAUAUUUUGGACUGUGUAUCUGAGAGUGAUUUUUUGGAUGGACGUGUACCCACUGUAGAUAUUGAUUCGGGAGAGCCAUCGCCAGGGAGUAGAGCCGAAGGAGGUGUUUUGAGAACCAUAGGAGAUAUGGGAGCUGUUAUGACAUCGUUAACACUAGGAUCAGGAGGUAGAGGCGGUUUAUCACCUGCUUCUGUAUCACAUGGCAAAGCUACUCAGUAUAUGAAAGAAUAUCCAUUGGUCAUGGAUACCAAACUUAAAAUCAUAGAGAUUUUACAGUUCAUUCUAGAUGUAAGGCUGGAUUACCGCAUUAGUUGCCUUCUUAGUAUUUUUAAACAAGAAUUCGACGAGAACGAAAAAAAUACAAGUAGCGGAGGUGGGGAUGUUAAUUUGGGACAGAAGAAUAUUGAUCUAGAACGAAUAGCCAGUCAAGCUGAGGGAAUAUUUGGGAGUAGUGAAGAGUGUGCGGUCCUAGAUCUAGAUGGACACGGAGGAAGAACGUUUUUAAGAGUUCUGCUACAUUUAACUAUGCAUGAUUAUCCUCCUUUGGUAUCAGGCGCAUUACAGUUAAUGUUUAGACAUUUUAGCCAGCGACAAGAAGUUUUGCAAGCAUUUAGACAAGUUCAACUAUUAGUUUCUGAUAGUGAUGUAGAAUCAUAUAAACAAAUAAAAGCUGAUUUAGAUGUUUUAAGACAGUCGGUAGAAAAAUCCGAACUUUGGGUGUAUAAAGCAAGAUCAUUAGAAGAUCAUGCCCCUACUAAGAAGAAUAAAAAUGAUGAAGAAGAAACUACAUCUAGUAGCAAGACCACUACAAUGGGCGUACUAGAGAAAAAAGGCUCUGCUAUAAAUCUAGACGUUGGACCUCCAUUACAUCCUGAUCAAGCUGAAGAGUAUAAAAAAAUACAACAAAUAUUAAUAAGAAUGAAUAAAUUGUGCACUCAGGGCUCACCAGGGGGAGUUAUUAAACCGCAAAAACACGAACAACGAUUAUUAAGAAAUGUCGGAGUCCAUACAGUUGUUCUAGAUCUUCUUCAGGUUCCUUAUGACGAAAAAGAAGAUAUUAGAAUGAAUGAACUUAUGAGGCUCGCUCAUGAGUUUCUACAAAACUUUUGUUUGGGAAAUAAACAGAAUCAAGUGUUACUGUAUAAACAAUUAGAUCUCUUUCUUAAUCCAGGGAUUCGAGAAGCUCAGACAGUAUGUGCAAUAUUUCAAGAUAAUUCAAAACUAUGCAAUGAAGAGAAUGAAAAAGUUAUACAACAUUUUGUAUAUUGUAUUGCAACACACGGAAGACACGUGCAAUAUUUAAAGUUUUUACAAACUAUAGUAAAAGCAGAAAAUAAGUUUAUUCGCAAGUGCCAAGAUAUGGUUAUGCAAGCGUUGAUUAAUGCUGGUGAAGAUGUGCUAGUUUUUUAUAACGAUAAAGCUUCGUUCAAUCAGUUUAUAGAAAUGAUGAGAUCUGAACGUCACUGUAUGGAUGAAGGAAGUCCCUUGAAAUAUCAUGUAGAGUUAGUAAAACUACUUUCAUGCUGUACAAUGGGCAAAAACGUCUAUACUGAAAUUAAGUGUCAUAGUUUAUUACCUUUAGAUGAUAUAGUUGCAAUGGUUAUUCAUCCAGAUUGUAUACCAGAAGUGAAAGAAGCAUAUGUAGGUUUUUUAAAUCAUUGUUACAUAGAUACAGAAGUGGAAAUGAAAGAGAUUUAUAAUUCAAGUCAUAUGUGGACGCUCUUUGAAAAAUCUUUUCUUGUUGAUAUGGCUGACAUAGCAACAGCGCCAAACGACAGAAAACACUCAGAUAAAGCACUCGAAAACUACGUUACGAAUUGUGUUAUGAAUAUAAUUACUACUUUCUUUAAUAGUCCUUUUUCUGAUCAAAGUACUACGGUUCAGAAACAUCUGCAUGAAGCAAGGGUAUUUUGGAGCGACUCUACAGUGGAUGAUUAUGAUCCUUUCUCGGGUAAUGUUCAACUCAAACAAUCUCCAUUGUCUACUAACACAAGGCAACCCAUUUUUGUACAGCUAUUGCAAUCAGCAUUCAGAGUAUCUCAGUGUCCUUGGCUAGCAGCAUCACAACGCUUUAAUGUUGAAAAUUGUAUUCGUACUCUGUCUGAAGUUGCUAAAAAUAGAGGUAUUGCUAUACCUUUGGAUUUAGAAAGUCAAGUAACUGCAAUGUUUAAUAGAGCGACAAUUUUGACAAGACAGACAAGUAAAUGGUUACAAGCUUCUAAAGCUCCAAAAAUGGAAAGAUCUCAAUCACAGAUUAUGCGAUUGGAUAGAAGUAUUAUAGAGGGUUUACAAGACAUAGUAUCAGUGCUAGAAGAUCAGUUGAAACCUUUAGUACAAUCAGAACUUUCUCUCUUAGUUGACGUUUUGUAUAGACCUGAAUUAUUAUUUCCACCUGGAACUGAACCUAGAAAAAAAUGUGAAAGUGGUGGAUUCAUUAGAAGGUUGAUUAAACAUACUGAAAAACUUAUGGAAGAAAAAGAAGAAAAACUAUGUGUAAAAGUUUUGAGAACCUUAAGGGAAAUGAUGGCCAUCAACUGCGAAUAUGGUGAAAAGAACGAAAAUCAGUCUGAAAAUGAGAUGGGAGAUGUUCUUAGGAACAUUCUACUAGCACGAUACUUUGAAAAGGCCUAUGUUUUAAAUAACUGUUCUGUGGAAUUAAGCAGUGGACUUCCCCUGCCUGCUACCCAUGGUCCUGGAGCCAAAAUUUUAAGCAGAGCAGGCAGAACAUUACAUGAAGUACAAACGCAUUUAGAUCGAGAAGGAGCCUCCGAUAUAGUUGUAGAAUUAGUUAUUAAGAGUGGAAACUCGCCGUCAAUAUUUAGUGAAGCUGUUGAAUUGGGCAUAGCACUUCUUGAAGGGGGUAAUCCGAUUAUACAGAAAAGUAUGUUCAAUAAGUUAGUUGGAGGAGACAUGAGUCAAUCCUUCUUUAAGGUAUUCCAUGACAAAAUGAAAGAUGCUCAGCAAGAAAUUAAAUCUACUGUAACUGUUAAUACUUCUGAGUUAGCAGCAAAAGCUCAAGAAAAUAAACAGGAUGACAAAGGUGAAAAAAUGGGUCGAAAGUCAGAUAGUAAAUCUAACGGAAUACUUAUAACUCCUGAACUGAGGGAUGAACUAAAUUGUGUUGCUGCAGAAACCAAUACUCAAGGGGAAGACGGCACAAUUGUAUCAACUGCUUCUUCACUUGAAGAUUUAUUAGCUGAAAAAUUUGAAAAACAAAGAGAACGUGAAGAUGCCAAUGCUUUAUCAAAUAAAAUUCUGAUAAUGCAACCCAUAUUAAGAUUUCUGCAGUUACUAUGCGAAAACCAUAAUUCAUCACUGCAGAAUCUGUUACGCAAUCAAAACAAUAAAAGUAACUUUAACUUAGUCUCGGAAAGUUUAAUGUUCUUGGAUUGCAUUUGUGGAUCUACCACAGGUGGAUUAGGCCUUUUAGGUCUAUACAUUAAUGAAAACAAUGUUUCACUUAUAAAUCAAACCCUGGAAACCUUAACAGAAUAUUGUCAAGGACCAUGUCAUGAAAAUCAAAAUUGUAUAGCAACACAUGAGUCAAAUGGUUUGGAUAUUAUCAUAGCAUUAAUUUUGAAUGACAUAAAUCCAUUAGGAAAGACAAAGAUGGAUUUAGUGUUGGAAUUGAAGAAUAACGCAUCUAAAUUGUUACUAGCUAUUAUGGAAAGUCGGGGCGACAGUGAGAAUGCCGAAAGAAUCUUAUCAAAUAUGGUUCCAAAACAGUUAGUUGAUGUCGCUUGUAAUGCUUUCCAUCAAGAAGAUGAAAACAAUGAUCCUAACGGUUCAGAAAGAGAUGAUAUGGUAUCACCAAGAGAAGUCGGACAUAAUAUUUGGAUUUUAUGUCACCAGUUAGCUCAACAUAAUAAAGACUUGGCUACAUUGCUUAAACCAUCUGAAACCGGAGACCAAAAAACUCAAAAAGCUGUAGACUAUUAUGCUUCUCAUACUGCUCAAAUUGAAAUCGUUCGACAGGAUCGUACUUUAGAGCAGAUAGUGUUCCCUAUACCAGAAAUUUGUGAGUAUUUAACAGAUGAUACUAAAUUCCGAGUUCUCAACACAGCAGAGAGAGAUGAUCAAGGUUCUAAAGUGGCUGAUUUCUUUAAAAGAACAGAAGAUAUGUUUAACGAAAUGAAGAGACAAAAAGAACUUAGAGCACAACCUGUGAGGUUCUGGAUUAGUAACUAUAUGUCGUUAUGGAGUACUAUACUUUUCAAUUUUGUUAGAGCUAUUAAUUUAAUAGUGGCUUGCUAUUAUCCAUUUGAUAAUGUCAUUCCAACGGUCGAUUCUAGAAUAUCUAUAUUUAUUUGGCUUGUAAUAAUGUGUUCCAUCGCUAUAGUGAUGACGUCACCCGGAGAAACUGCGAUUCAGCUGUUAGCAGCUUCUACAAUUUUCAGACUGAUUUGCUCAUUUGGUCCUGAACCAACACUGUCGCUUUUGGGUACCUUAACAAUUGCAUUAAAGUUUAUUCAUCUAGUCAGUAUAAUGGGAAAUCAUGGUACACUUACUAAAACAUAUCAACAGAUUAUAACAGAUGCGGAGCUAGUAUAUCAUUUGGUGUACUUAAUAUUUUGUGUCUUGGGUCUUGUACAUCCGUUUUUCUAUAGCGUCCUGUUGUUUGAUGUCGUGUAUCGUGAAGAAACAUUAUUAAAUGUGAUCCGUUCAGUUACUAGAAAUGGCCGAUCUAUGUUCUUAACAGCAGUUUUAGCCUUGUUCCUUGUAUACAUAUUUUCAAUAAUAGGAUAUAUUUUCUUUAAGAACGAUUUUAUAGUCAGUGUAAACAAAAAAAAUGAAUCGUGUGAAACUAUAUCUGAAAUGACUGGCAGACAUUAUGAAGAAGAUGAAACUGGUCAGUUUUGUGAACUUGUGGAUGCUGGUGAUGAGAAACAGGAACGUGCCUGUGAUUCGUUGAGAAUGUGUAUUAUUACUACUUUGAACCAGGGCUUAAGAAACGGAGGGGGUAUUGGUGAUAUUUUAAGAGCUCCGAGUAGUGAGGAACCAUUGUUUUUGGCUAGAGUUGUAUAUGAUUUGCUGUUUUUCUUCGUAGUUAUAAUUAUUGUACUUAAUCUCAUUUUUGGUGUCAUUAUUGACACUUUCGCUGAUUUAAGAUCAGAAAAGCAACAGAAGGAACUGAUUUUGAAAAAUACAUGCUUCAUUUGUGUUCAUAUUUUAGGUCUAAAUAGGUCUGCUUUUGAUAACAAGAUUGUAAGUUUCGAAGAUCAUAUAAAAUGUGAGCAUAAUAUGUGGCACUAUCUGUACUUCAUAGUUCUAAUUCAAGUAAAAGAUCCCACCGAAUUUACUGGUCCUGAAAGCUACGUAUAUGCAAUGGUUAAAGCUGCAAACUUGGAAUGGUUCCCGAGAUUGCGUGCCAUAUCAUUAGCAGCCGUGGAAAGAGAAGGGGAACAGAUUGAAUUCAAAAGUCUUCAAGUUCAGUUGCAAAAGACAGAACUACUGGUGACUACUUUGAGUCAACAGCUCAUGGAGCUAAAGGAUCAGAUGGCAGAACAAAGGAAACAGAAACAGAGAUUGGGGCUUUUAAGUUCCAAUUCUGCUUAUUUGCAAACUUCAAAUUUGACUUAGAUGCUAGUCUUGGAAAAACUAAUCGUAUAGACACUCUGUAAACAUUUUAAACAGUUGAAAAAAUCUGAUAGCCAAUAAAUAAGAUGUAUUUUAUGUUAUAUUUUUAUAAAAGUGUAAAUAUUUACACACAUUGUUAUAUUUUAGUUUUAUUAUAUUUAAAAUGUCUACAGAUUGAUAUGGAAGGAAUUAUAGAUCUUUCAUUGCUCAAAACUUCAACUUAGGAUACGUAGAAUAGAUUCCUAGCUAAAUGUUAGAGUUUUUGGGCAAUUUGUUUUCUUUUUAUUUCAAUUUAUUGGUUCUGCUGUUUUAGUUUUGAUUAUUUUAAAUUUAUAAUUUUGUCAUGACUACUUCUAAUUUCUUAUUGUUACAAAUAUUGCACAAUUUUAGUGUGCCGCAGUUCCUUUUUAUUUUUAUUUUAUUAGUUUCAAACAUCCCGGUGAUAUUUAUGAUAUGUAUUUUUCUUCUAUUAUAUUUGUGCAAAUUAUUGUUCUAGAUAAUAUUGAUUAUAAUCAUGCGAUUUUGAUUAUUCUGGCUGUCUCACAAAAGCUAUUAACUCCAAAUAUGAAAAUAAACAUGGUAAUGAUUACUUUUGAAAGAACUGUUAAUGUUUCAUACAAGUUUAACAUAGAAAAUAUUUGCAAUUUUGGCCAUAUUAGUUAUUUAAAAAAAUGUCCUAUUGUGUUUGUUGAAGAACUGCUCGUUAUUAAUGUGAUAUCGGCCAAAAAUGUAGAUAUAAAUACUUGUAAAUUUAUUGGACAAGUUCGAUUUAGCCUAGUUUAAUUACUGCAAGUUGAGUUUGUUUUUAAGACAAACAGUAUGUUUCCAAUUCACAUAAUAAUCAUGAUUCGUUUUUCUGUUAACCUUGCGUAACUAACAUGUUUAAUUGUAACAUACAAGAUAUCAGUCUCCGAGACCGUUAGAUGAAAAUGGCACAUCAUUGGAAGGCAAAGUGUUGAUAAUAUAUCAUUCACAAUAGAAUUCGGGAGAAUAAAGCAUUCUUAUUCAUUAUCAUUUUCUUUAUUCAUCAUGCAUAAUUAAAUAAAUUUCUAGACAAUCAAAGUAAUGACCUUAAGAUAAAAACGGAAAAUUGAAAAUUUAUUAUUAUUGUAGUAGAAACUAAAAUGAGAAUUCCCUAAACGUCAUCUUUCAUUAUAAAAGCACAAGCUGUAACAAUUUUACUGUUGAAAUUAGUCUAUGAGUUCAAUAUAUUCUUUGCUUACUGGCAAUACGUGUUCCAAGCAUUUAAAUUUUUUUACAUUUAUAGCAUUUAUAUUUGAUCUUCCUACUUUUCUUAUUCGAACUAUAAUAACAUCAGUCGUAUACAGAAUCUGGUGGAGCCUCAUUUGCAGUAUCAGAAAUUUUGUAAAUUUCCCCAAUUCCUCAUCUUUAUGAUUUUGGUAUAGAAGCGUUUCUUAGGGUGUCGUUUUCUAAGAACACUCUUCUGGGUUGUUUUGACUGUACAUUUGUAUUAUAUAUCACAUAUGAGUUAAUGGCUGUUAUAUUUAGUACACCAUAAAAAAUUAUGCUGCGCAUAAUUUAUCUAUGGUGUCUACGCCUCCUUCAGUUGAUUUGUAAUAAAUGAUCAUCAUGUUUAUCAGCUGCUGUAUCUAUGUUAUCAUCUCUAUGCAUCUCAGGCCUUUUUAACUGAGCAAGUUAAGGUAACAUCUGUUGCCGAGCUCAAAAUCACUGACACGUUUGAUACAUGCAACUCACAAUUUUGUACUGAAGACUGAAGAGAGAUGUUUGUGGUAGGAAGGUACUGGAAGCCGUCGGGUUAUAUCGUGACACAAUCGUAAAUUUUCGGAAAAAUUGUAAACUCUCGGUCUCUGAGACGGCACGUUAGCUUCAGGAGGUUAAUUUUGGAAGGAAUCCAAAAAGUCUGAACUUGUAGAUUAUAAAAUGUGUAGAGACAUGAGCUCUUUAAAUUAAAUGUUGAAAAAAUUUCAAGGUAAAAAACUGUACUCUGAGACACCUGAUAACAAUUUCGUAAAUAUUUGUUAAAAAAUUUAUUCAUAGUCGUUUCAUUGUUAAAUCUCUUGAUAGAUCUGUUAGAUAAUUUUUCUACAUCUUGUAGUUGUAGUAUUUACUGUUAAUUUUUUUAUGAAUAAAAAUUUUAUCUAUAGUAAUAUUUUCAAAAAGUAAUUAUGAAUACAUAUAAGUGGCGGUGGAUCCUUAAAUACUAAUGUUAUUUUCUUACAUUUUAAAAACACUGAUACUUUAUUUUGAAUGGUAACUACUAUUUUUGUGAAUGAAAAACGAUCAAAAACUGGCCAAUAACAAUAACAGUAAAUUUUUGUUUCAUAUAGAACAUCUAGGCUUAGUUGUUUCAAGUAGUUUUUCACUAUACAAAUUGUACAUUAUGUCAAUUACAAUUCAAAUAUAUUUUUUUUUAAAUAGGGUAUUUGACAGUUAAAAAAACUACUUUAAUUUGCCCCUUUUUUUUUCAAAAAACUACAUUAAAAAAAUAAAAUUCUUGAAAAAAUCACGCAUUUUCAAAAUAAAAAAAAUUAUGUACCAAAUGCUGUCUAAAUGUCAGUUGGCGUGUGUGACGUUAAGUUACUUAAAAAGUAGGAUUGAUAAGUUUAUGCCGAACAUACGGAAAAAUGUUAUGUAUUUGGUGUACAAAUAAUCAGUUGUUUAUUUUUGUGUGACAUUAACCGGAAACAGUAAUAAAAUGGUUGAAGCUGGCACUAGAGACUGGAAACAACGAUCAAUCAAAACUAUGCUUUUGUAAAGAUCGAUAUCAGCAGCUCAGAAAAAUUUCAAUAACCUUCAAUCAAAAGUAGAACUUUCUUAUAUGAAGAUCAUUUUAAUGUCAGUAUCACCGAAAAAUUCCAUACGAUCUGAAACUUGUUCAAUUUUAUAUAGCAAAUUUUAGUAUUAGAGAUCCGGGUGUCGUCUUAGUCUUAUAACGAUAUAUUUGUAACAAUUUUUAUCAAAAACUUGCCAAAAAAAAUUUUACUUAAGGGGAUAUUCUAGUCUAGAAGUCUAAAUCUUACGCAUUUUUGAAACUAACAUUAAAAAAAAUGGAAAACAUUUUCACUAUCCAUUUAAUAAUAUAAUAUUUAUUGAUUCUAAGAAUAUAAAAAAAACAUCGUAAUUUCAAUAAAUUACAGGCCGGUAAACACGAGGCUAGAAAAAAAAAACGGUGCACCCUGGUUGAUAUGAUUCCAGCCCUUGUAGUGAUCUGGAACAAAAACAUUUGAAACAUUCUUACUCUGUAAACCAUUAGCCUUUCUUCUUUGAAGGGUCUAAGCUUUGAAAAUAUGCAAAAGAAUUGAUUUUUCUAAAUUUCUAGACCAGAAUACAUUAACUGUAGAAACUUAUCUUUCAAAUGUAUUUUGUAUAAGUAAAAUGACGUCAUGCAGGGUCUUUGGUAUUUGAAGUUACGUAACACAAAUUAAUAUUAUCAAUAUAGCGAUUGGUUAUUAUUAUUAUUAUUAUUAUUAUUAUUAUUAUUUAUUUAAAAAGUACUAAAAGUUCUCUUUAUACAAACUUAAGAUAUGGAUCUUUCUUAUAAUUUAUUUCUAUAACAUACAAAUACCCUUAGUUGUUAUGUUUUAACAGUCUCUCUCAAAUAUAUUACUUUCAAUGAAAUUCCGGUUUCAAUAUUCUGGAAUUAUCAAUAUUUCACUGAACCCAAGUCAUAUUAUCACUUAACCAUAUUUUCCACAAUUUAAUAAUCAAAAUAUAUUUUUCGGUGAAAUUUGAAGCUUUCUGGAUUUUAUUGGUAUUAUGACAUUCUGAAUGAGUCUUCUUACAUAUCAACCAGUUGGAUUCAAUAAAUGAAAGUGAUUUUGUUUCCUGUUUUUCCAAAUAUUAGUAUUUCAAUUUUUUAACCUUUUUCGCUGAUUUAAAGUAUUUGGUAGUGUAUCUUCUACUUGAUGAGAGUCUGGUUAUUCAUACUGUUACAAAUGGUAAUCGGAAUAUACCAUCAUUGGUUAAAUAAGUGUUUCACGGAAUGAAUUAACGAAAUUUGGUGAUUGCCCAUUGAUAAUUCAUAUUUUGGAACAAUAACCAUUUAUAUUCGAGACGAAACUCAAAUAUAUACAAACAACGAAUUUUUAAGCAGCAUAAUAAUAUAAAUUAGUAUAGAAAAUUAAAAAUGUUGACAUUAACUUUAAGGACCACCCGUCUACACAUGCAUUUAAAAAUCUCUCAAUAUAUUUUUCUGUUGAAAGUAUAAUGGAAUAAAUUUUUUUGUUGACAUUUGUGUUCUGUUUGUGGUUAUAGGGUUGUAUUUAAGCAAUAUGUGUUUUAAAAACAAAACGUGUUUUAUUGUUUGUUGUAAUUUUAACUUUCUGUACAAAUUUUAUCUCAAAUAUAUUUCUAUACUACGUUA